CCCGUCCUUGCUUCCUCGUGUUGACAACUCCCGGCUCUCUACCUUUUACAUACAACGGAACCAUCCCAUCAUAGCACUCUUUCUACCUAAUUGUACGUACGUAUAUUCGCCAGCGAGGUUUUAGCUUGACCGAGUUGUAGCCUUGCCGCCGUGUGCUCCAGUUUACAGUUCCAGUCCCCUUGCCGCCGCCUUUUCCAGUUCGAGUUCCAUUUCCAUGUUGCUACCCCUCGCCUCGCUCCGCCCCCCGACUGCCUUUUCUACUGUCCGUCCCUGUUGUGCUGACCCGACCCGACUGACUGACAACCUUCCCGCGCCAUCCAGCUUUCGGCUCCCCUCUCCACAUAUAACGCUCGCCCCCCCCAUUCUCGCGAUCGGUUCACCCAUCGUCGUCGACUUUUUGACAAGAACACUUUCACAAAACCACCACAUCACAACUUGACAUCAUGUCUCAAUCUGGAGUUCAGGUCGACCCCGAGUGCCGGAGGGCUUUCGACAAGCUGAUGUCCCGUCAGCUCAGGUACAUCAUCUACAAGCUUUCGGACGACUUCAAGGAGAUUGUCAUUGAGAGCACCAGCGAGGGCGCCACCGAGAACUACGACGAGUUCCGCGAGAAGCUCGUCAACGCCCAGACUAAGAGCGCUUCUGGCGCCAUCAGCAAGGGUCCCCGAUAUGCCGUCUACGAUUUCGAGUACAAGCUUGCGUCUGGCGAGGGUUCCCGCAACAAGGUGACCUUUAUCGCCUGGUCCCCCGAUGAUGCUGGCAUCAAGUCCAAGAUGGUCUACGCCUCUUCCAAGGAGGCCCUCAAGCGCUCUCUCAGCGGUAUCGCUGUCGAGCUCCAGGCCAACGAGCAGGACGACAUCGAGUACGAACAGAUUAUCAAGACCGUGAGCAAGGGUACUGCCGCAUAGAUUUCUCCAUAAUCGUAUUAAGAACAGAGAGAGAAGAGAAGAGAAGAGAGAUGAGUUGUUGUUGUUGAUGUUGUUGCGCGUUGCGAACAUAGUCGAAAGAUGGUGUCCCUUAUGUUGCUGUCGCUGUCGGCGUUGUUGUAAUGACAAUAUAAACCACACGCUACUUAUUUUGUACUUGCCAAAUACCAUUUACCACAUCCAGACUACCACCACCUCUCCUCCACUUACUCAACUCAAUUUUUCAUAUUACUAUCCGCUUUGGUUUGGAAAUUUCAGAUAUUCUAUUCUGUUUACACUUGC